UUUGAGAGAGAGCUAGCUUGAGCACAACUCUCGCCGGAGAGUUCAUCCUCACCUAAGUGCUUCAACUUUACUCUUCAUGACGUAUUCAUCUUCACGAUGACCGACAAACUGCCCCCCAACCUUCUGGCGCUUUUCGCGCCUCGACCUCCUCUGCGCUAUCUUCCCCCAAGCGACCAUGCUCAAGAAGAACGCAAGACCGCGAAUAUAACGGGAGUUGCCCAGUUCCUCGACCAGCUGCGCCAGCCAGAUGACAGCUACCAACCAACCGAGAGUUGGCUUCAGCGAAGAGAUCGAAUUAAGCUGGAGAAGAAGGAGAAAGAGGAAAAGCAUUUAACAGAGGGGUUUGCCAAAUAUAAUCCCAGUGAUGACUCGCAAGUCCGUGGAGAUGCCUUCAAAACUCUCUUUGUCGCACGGUUGAGCUAUGAUGCGAAGGAAUCUGACCUGGAGCGAGAAUUUGGGCGUUUCGGACCCAUCGAAAGAAUUCGAAUAAUCACUGACGCGAAUGCUGAUAACCCAAAGAAGGUUCACCGAGGCUACGCAUUCAUUGUUUACGAACGUGAAAAGGACAUGAAAGGUAUAAAACCCCUACCCUCUUGGAAUUUCUCGAUUACCUCUAGGUCAUUGGUCGCCACAAUCUGCCCCUAAGCUCUUCUAUGCAAAUCAUCAUAUGACGGGUAAAUUGCGAUAAUUUAGCUGACAAUUGAUAUCUUCUUGCUCCUUUCAACAGCCGCCUACAAGGAAACCGAUGGUAUUCGAAUCAAGGACAGAAGAGUUCUUGUGGAUGUUGAGCGUGGCCGAACAGUAAAAGGCUGGAGACCUCGGAGAUU